AUGGUUGUGGUGGCUGACUUCUCUCUGCCCUGCAGUUUCCCUACAAAGAUGAUUGAUUGCUUCACCAAUGGAACCAUGGCAGCUCUUGCUGUGAAAGUGGAAUCUGUCCCCAGCUUGUCUCCAAGUCAACUAACUCUAAGGGAUCCUAGUUGCAGGCCUCUCCAGUCUGAUGCUAUCAAUUUGGUUUUCUACUUCAAUGUCAACUCCUGUGGAACAACUAGAAGGUUUGAUAACAACCUCCUGACUUAUGAGAAUGAAGUGCUGUUCACAUCUUACCGGCUGAGAGUUGCCUGUCACUAUCUGGUCAAUGACACCAAGGUAGUACAGUUCUUGUACCAGAAUAAUCCUGCACCUGGAGUCCAGCCUGGCUUGGGGGACCUUGAGGUCAUCAUGAGGCUUGCAUUUGAUUCAACCUACAAUGACCUCUAUGGAGUGGAGGAUUACCCUGUUGUGAAGUACUUACGAAGACCCUUGUAUUUUGAGGUAGAACUCCUGUACAGCAGGGAUCCACAGGCUGAAUUGUUUUUGGAUAACUGCUGGGCAACCUAUUCUGCUGACAGGACUAGCUCUCCAAAGUGGGAUGUUGUUGUGGACAGCUGUGAGAACUCUGCAGAUGAGUACUUGACCAUCUUUCACCCAGUCUCCAGCAAUGCAAGAGUGCUGUUCCCUUCCCAUCUGAAGAGGUUUGAAGUGAAAAUGUUUUCCUUCACAAGCGGCCAGGAUGCACUGAAAGGACAGCCCAAGUCAAUGUUUGAUCUCUUCUGGGAGCUGCAAUGGAUGUGUGUUCAGUGGCUGUCUUUGUAG